AUGACUCCACCACGUACAGCGACAGCACCACAUAUCGAAACCGGUACCAAACCGGCCCCGGCAAAGAACCCACGUGGUCGACCACGCAAAGAUGGGCUCCCGGCAGGAUCAGUACCCAAAAAGCCCAAGACGCCAAAGCGAGCGCGUGCAGAUACUCCGACGGAAACCCAAGGACAGCCUGAGAAACGAGGCCCCGGUCGUCCACCCAAGAACAACAAAUCGCAGGGCGCCAAAAUUCCAUCAGCACCGCCAUCAUCGCCUAAUCCCUCUGCACCAAUGAACCCCAUUCCAAGCCGUGGCCCACAGGAGGGAAGCAUCAUCGUCUCUGCGACUGAAGAGACUUCCAAUGUACAGAUCACGGUUGCAACCCCGAGUGACGUGACUGUGCGCUGCAGUGAGGAAACGGACAUAAGUGAACAAAGGUUUCAAGAUACUCUGAGGUUCUGGGAGGAGGCCGAAAGAAACGAGGAGCUUGGUUUGGAGGUCAGUGAAUGGAAAAGGCAGAGGGAAGAUGACGCAUUAGACUUUGAACUGUUCAAAUAUAAUCAUGAGCAUGAUGUGGAGCCAAGUCGCAAGCGCGUGGCAUUCGCGGACGAAGAGGACGAAGAAGAAAUCGGAACAGAAGGGUCGAAAAGAAAAGCGGAACGUCGACGUCAGAAGAGAGAAUGUCGAGAUUACGGCUGCUAUGAAGAGGACUGCAGAAUCGGCCAUGCAGUCAGAGCGAAUGUCGCGCGUUACAUGGUGGGUCUUGACGAGCGCACGGAGGCGUUGCGGUCUCUGGUGGUGAAGACGGAUGAUGAGGUGAUAGAAGAAGGGACACGGCCCAUGACCUUCGACUACCCCUGGUUGAUUGCACGGUGA